CUUCAACAUGAACAAGCUGGUCAGAGCUAGGAAAACACCUGUCGGCGGCCCUCCUAGUCCCAAUCUACCACCGGAAAAAACUUCCGUGAUGUCCCAAACAAUGGUGGAGGCUAUCAAAUCUAUUGAGAAAUCUCAAGGAUUGUAUUCAACAAUCUUUCCCCGUUCUCAAACAGAACAAUACUGGGCUGCCCGUGCCCUUUCUGCGGAGACCCUUCUCACUGCAAGGACAGAACAUCAUUUCGAAAUGCGGGACUUGACUCGAUAUCAAGAAGAGCGGCGCACGAGUGAAAUCGCAGUGUUGACCAAGGCUCACGAAGAAAGACUAGUGAAAAUGGAGAAUCUGAUUCUCAUCCUCACCGGUGCACUUGUCCUCAUCUCCGCGGCUUUAUUAUUCGUCUAUGUUACAAGCGCCCCCAACAACCCUCGUCAUGAUCUUCGUAGCAGGUCAUUAACGCAUUUCACAAUUCCGAUACUGUCUCCCUUCGCUUCGGUGGUUGAGAAUGAGUCCUCCGUCGUUGGAACAAAGACCAUUGCUGCCGUUUCUGUGAUUUUGGCUACUCUCGUGUAUCUCAUGUUUCGAUACUGGAUCGCCCAGCCUGUCAGCCGUCAUCGUUAGAACGAGGGAUGGAAGAGGGUCCAACGACCGAUCCAAAUGUUCGGGAACCAGAAGAUUUUUCUGUCCGCGUGGUAACAUCAGAAUGAAGGGUAAAGGGAAUAGGGGAAUUUCGCGUCACUACUUCCCGCUGCCCUCGACGUGGAACAGCUCCAACAGAUCUUAUACUCGACACUUCCUGGCUCUCGAGUCUCGAGUGAAAGCUGAUUGAACGUCAGACGGACGGUCCCCCUGCAGUCAUAUUCCGCACACACAGUCGUACUAUUCAGACAUGUUUGUGGUGCUCUUAAAUCCUCUCAUUCAUAGUCCGUUGAGGGUACCUCGUCGGAUACUCAACAAUGUAUUUUUACUCACGGUAUAACAGGAUGGGGAAGGAAAUACAUGCGAAACCCGGGCGGCGACCCCCAAGUUCCAUUCGAGCCCUUUAGUCUCUGUCUCCCGAUUGACCCAUCUUCCAAGUAGAGGGCAAAACUGUGCCCGCCUCCCCUCUUUUGUCGUCAAAUUGAAGGCAUAAGCCAUGGAUCGCGAAUGAUCAAUAAUGGUCGUCUUUGUGAACUUAGGUCCCUCCUUCGUCAGGAACAACCAUGUACUUGUGAUACUGCCCUGAGGCUAUCGCAUUCGUUAACAAAACGUUCCGAAACAGAAAGCCACCGGGGUGUGCAAACUGACGGAGUUAGUAGUAGCAAUUAAUGAAGCCAGAGGCAAUACUAGUACCUGUAAUAAAGUUCGGAAUUGUUCGGACAUCCAGCCUGCAUAAAAGAUGGGUG